CUAGGACAUGAGGCUAUCCGCAUCCACCCCUCCAUUGGGCUCUGUUAUCCCUUCCUCGACAGUAUAACCCUCUCUGCGCAUCUGCACAUGGCUCCAACUUGUAUCUCCACAGCUUUCAGCAUGCGUCAUCUCACCUCCACUUGGAAUUGGGAUACAGACAGUACCCCUCGAGUCCGUCUGGUAGGGCCGGUCGAAUGUCAAUCACUAUCUAUCCUACAGGACUACGUGAAUGGUGUCGUGUUUCUACAUGCUGAGCUGAUGCACCAGCACAUCAUCAUGAAACCUGUCGGGAGGGUCACAUUCUUGGAUGCAUGUAGCUCACGGUACGACCAAUUCGAUCAUCCCUUCGAUUCCCAGUACAUCGAAUGCACUUUGCAGUCAUAAGGCCUCGCUUCUCGUGUUCCUUCUGAGGUGCGAGGUACGAGUGCCAAAGGAGGGCGACUCGUGACCAGGAAGAUGGGCUCAUGGCGGCUCGGGAUCUCCCGCAUCUUCUUGCAUGGAGCCGCCAUGGAGCCCACAACUGACAGCAGAUCUAGGGCAAUGGGAUUCGCAUUUUCUGCGUGUGCUCAACGCUGUUCGAAGUCCUGGGGCCCUUAUAUCCCUGACGGUCUCCGCUUGUCUCCCUCUUCCCUCUUCCCUCUUACUCCCAUGCCCCACCCUUCUGUCGGCCUCAAAACCAGGAAGAUGCAGGCUCUCGCCUCUUUCUCCGCCGUCGUGGGUGAGGCUCCGCCUUCUGGUUCCGGCCCACUGGCGUCCCCGGCCACAGCAUCCCCUCCUACCCCACCUGUCGCCUCCACCACUGCUCCUCCCGAUCCUCCCGCCGCUGGUGACUCCUCCCCAAUCUCCUCCAGGGCGUCCGAUCGGGCUCUCUCGCCCGUCCCCUUCUCUCAACUCGCAUUGGAGCAGGCCCUGCAGGACUCCACCUCACUCCAGGUUCCCGCUAUCACCCUCACCCUCCCUCCUUCGCCUGCCACGGGUGAUCGCAGGCCCCGGCUGCCCUCAUCUCCCAUUGUCGCCAAUUCUAUCGUCUCCCCCAUCUCCCGUCCAGUUCAAAAAUGUCCGCGGGGCGCUCCCCCUAUCUCGAAAAAGCCUUCCAAAGGCAAAGAACGGGCCACUACUGCUCCCUCUCCCCCUGGGCCUCCUGCGGGCGCGGGUCCCUCUGCCCCCACUGUCCUUGGGGCCUCUAGCGCCUCCGCCGGCGUGCACGCAGCCAGUUCCCCCCCUCAUCUCCUGCUGCUGCGCGUCUCUCCCCACCUUCUUCCGCUGCCUCUCGCACCUCCUGCCCCCCUCCUCGCUUGUUCAUUGAGGAGGAGGUAGCCGCAGCAGCCACCAGGGCAGCUGACGAUGCUCUUGCCGGGUGUGCUCAGUCCCUCCAUGGGCAUGCCUUGGGUGCCCCCUUCGUUUUGCAGCCUCCCCCUGGGAGCCUCUCACAGUCAGAUGGCUACUUGCGCGAUUUCCCGCCUCUCCCGCCCUAUGCGCUAAGGCCUCGCUUCUCGCGUCCAAAAUGACUACUAGUUCUGCACGGAGCCCUUUCCACCUUCUAAGGCAUACUUUAUCCUACACUUUGUGUGGCGAUUUUUUUCGACAGCAUCACUACCUUUCUUCCAGCAC